AUGAGCCUAGGUGGUCAGGAGGAUGGAGAUAGGCAUGCAUUUGCAGCCGAAGCUAGACGUGAAGUCAGAACUGGAUCGGCCUCUGAGGAGGAGUGGAGCCUGGGGCUGAAGUUGGAGGCAAAGUCGGAGCUAAGGACAUUUAAUUCUCUGCUACUUUGUGACUCGCGCAACACUGGCCAAAUGGUCCAAGGGUGCAGGAAGGCAUACAUCAUCUACGUUGACCGAGUCCAGCAAGAAAAGGCUAACGGCACAACUGUUCAUGUGGGCAUCCACCCCAGCAAGGUGGGUAUCCCCAGGCUAAAGCUGGACAAGGGCCACAAGAAGAUCCUGGAGAGGAAAGCCAAGUCUCAGCAAGUUGGAAAGGAGAAGGGCAGAAAAGAUGGAGAAGAUGCAGGAGUAGAGACAUCUUAG